ACUCAUAACUAUAAAUAUAGACGUAUUUAGUAGUAGCCUCUUCACUCUUUAGUACCACAGAAAAGAAAUUAAGAAAAAUAAAAGAAGAGUUCCAAUAUGGCUGGCUUUUCGAGAGUAGCUGCAACUGUUUUCCUUAUGUUGAUGCUGGUUUUUGCUUCUGGGAUGGUGGCAGAGGCGAGGACUUGCGAAUCACAGAGUCAUCGAUUCAAGGGACUGUGCUUCAGUAAGAACAACUGUGGUUCCGUUUGCCAUACUGAGGGCUUUCACGGUGGCCAUUGCCGUGGAUUCCGUCGCCGUUGUUUCUGUACUAGACACUGUUAAAUGAAUUAAUUAAAUUUCUGGAUCGGAGUUCUUGUUGUUGUUAAUUAUGAGUGUUUAGCUGUGUAAUAGGAAUUAAUCAGUGUUUUCUCGGUUUGUUCUUGUGCUUGUCAUGAAAUAAGAUCAUCUGAACUCAAGAAAUAGAAUUGUUCUGUUCUGUUC